AGUUCUCGCGGUGGCGUGCGUUUCUGGUGGCUUCCGAGCUGCCGUCCCGGCCCGGGUUACAGGCUUCUGCUCGGCCGGGCGCUUCGAGAAGAUGUUUUACCACAUCUCCUUGGAACACGAGAUCCUGCUGCACCCGCGCUACUUCGGCCCCAACUUGCUCAACACCGUGAAGCAGAAGCUUUUCACCGAAGUGGAGGGGACGUGCACGGGCAAGUAUGGCUUUGUCAUUGCUGUCACCACCAUCGACAACAUUGGUGCUGGUGUGAUCCAGCCAGGCCGAGGCUUUGUCCUUUAUCCAGUCAAGUACAAGGCCAUUGUUUUCCGGCCCUUUAAAGGGGAGGUUGUGGACGCCAUUGUCACUCAGGUCAACAAGGUCGGACUCUUUACCGAAAUUGGGCCCAUGUCCUGCUUUAUCUCGCGACAUUCCAUCCCGUCCGAGAUGGAGUUUGAUCCUAAUUCCAACCCCCCGUGUUACAAAACCAUGGAUGAGGACAUUGUGAUCCAGCAGGAAGAUGACAUCCGGCUGAAGAUUGUGGGGACCCGUGUGGACAAAAAUGACAUCUUUGCUAUCGGUUCUCUGAUGGACGAUUACUUGGGGCUUGUGAGCUGAGCACCACACCGCUUCCCUCACCUGGUCCUCGUCCUGGAAGUGUGGCCGUCACAUUGACCCAGUUGUUCCGAGGUUCCGUUUGGCUACUGUGAGAGAGCCGGGGAAGGUCCUUUGUCUCCCGUCGCAACUGGUUCUUCUUGUGGCUUAACAGGCCCAGAUAUUUUUUUUUUAAUAUAACUGUGCUUUCUAAUCAUAAAGGGUUCGUGUUUU